UAUUGGCAGAGUGGAUACUACGGUCACGAUCAGAACGCGAAAGUUCAUCUGACGAAACGCCUCUGGCAGAAAGCAAAGGUGGUUGACGUCGUACACCCAGGCAGGGCGACGGUGCCGAAGACGGAGAUCCGGGACAAGGUUGCACAGAUGUACAAGACAACGCCCGACGUCGUCUUCGCCUUCGGCUUCCGCACACAGUUUGGCGGCGGCCGCACCACGGGAUUCUCGCUCAUCUACGACUCGCUAGACGCAGCGAAGAAGUUCGAGCCAAAGUACCGGUUAGCGAGGCAUGGACUUUACGAGAAGAAGAAGGCCGCUCGCAAACAGCGCAAGGAAAGAAAGAACAGAAUGAAGAAGGUUCGCGGCGUUAAGAAAUCGAAGGUUGGCCACGGAAAGAAGUAAGACCAAGUGGUUGGAUACUUGUGCGUAUACGAUUCAGCGGCAGUACCAGCGGCCUCGUCCUAGUACUGCGCUACGCCACCAGGAGGCUCUUACAUGUUUAUGUAAAUUCAACAUCCCGUAAUAUAAAGGAAAAAAACAUGUA